AUGGCGCUGGAUGAGGCUUUCUGGUUUUGCGAUGCUAGGCUCGUAGGCUAUGCUCGCUAAUUGCUGUCGCUGGAUUAAAAAUCCGUUAUGUCCUUGCGGACAAACAGACAUGAUCAAGAUUGACACCUGUCUGCUACUUGGCGCGACAGGUGUCGGGAAAACUCUGCUAUUAAAGCGUUUGCAAAGGUUUAGUAGGCAUGGCUUUGACGAGCUUGAGGCACCCCCUUCUACUUUACCAACGGUUGGAACCAACUUAAUAGACAUCAGCUUGAAGAGGAAAAAGAAGGUGACAUUAAGAGAACUUGGGGGCUGCAUGAGCCCAAUAUGGCCAAGUUAUUACAGUGAUGCCUCUUCAGUCAUAUUCAUGGUGGACGCAUCCAACACUUCUCAGAUAUCUUCAUCCUGCAUCCAGCUUCUGUCAGUUCUGGCAGCUGAGCCUCUUCAAGAUGUUUCUGUGCUGCUAAUUUUUAACAAAAGGGACAUCCCUUGCUUAAUGAGUCUUAUCGAAAUUAAGUCACUUUUCCGAUUAGAAGAUAUUCUUGCAUCUGCCACUCAGUCAAUCACAACAAUGGAACUAAGUGCCUCCUCUGGACAAGGGCUUCAGGAGGUGCUUACUUGGUUGGAGUCUGUCACUGUUAAGUGAGCUUUUAAACUUAGGUACUGUAUAUUUGGCAAUUGCCACCUCAGGAAUACUGAUAUAACCAGCAAGUAUUGUAAAAAUGUUAUAGAUUUUUAUUGUUUAUUAUAUAAUUGUAUUUCACUGAUGAACGGCUUGACGGAUUCUAUUUAACUAAUCAAACAGACUGCAAAUGUAACCUGUAAACCAAAAAAUACAUCCUUCCACAA